AACAAUUUAUUACACCCACAUGUGUGAAUACAGGUAUGUUAAAUUACAAACCCCUACUAAUGUGUUUGACAGCCCUGGCUGAAAGCACUUCAGUCGGUGCCGCGCGCGCGUGUGUGACAGUUGCGUCGCCAUCUUGUUGAAAAUUAUUCCCGCUUUUUCGUUCGCGCCAUUAACAAAAUAUUUUCACAAGUGAAAAUUACUAUACUUCUGUUGACUAUUAGGAUUUAUUGAAUUGUAAAAAACUUAUUUAUCUUUAUUUCCGAUUUCCACGUGUCCUUUCACAUGACAAUAAUAGAGCCAUCGAUUAUUAUGACACAGGUUAAAUAGAUUAGGUAUGAUAGUAUUUAUUUAUGUAAGUAAUUAGUGGACUGAAAGUCACGUCCAUCAGAGUUGAAUUAUCUGUGAUUGUAACACAACGAAAAACUUUCUGAAAUGAGGUCAUAAAAUGCCCGCAUAAUGUGAAAAUGUUAUCAAAAACAAGUUGUUUGUUUCAUUUGUUAUGCUAUCGAGAAUACAAAUGCACAUGGUUAUUUAUGCGGGAGGGACUGAUAAUAUAAUUGGGUUUGGAGUAUUUAUUGGUAGAGUAAGAUGUUCGUAUUAAGUGAUGGCUCUGAAGAACCUGCAACUGUUCCACCCCGUGAAGCCAGACAUGGGGUACCAACACCGGCAGGCGACGCCUAUGAGAGCCCCACCGACAGCGAUGUCCAGAAACAUAUCUAAGUCCGCGGAGACUCUCGCUGGUAGUAUUAAAUUUAAGGAGCCGAAGACCCGCAAAGCUCGGAGCACGGAGCAGCCAGGGGCGAGCCUGGUGAAGGGCUCCAGCGUAACGGGCCUGCCGACCCUCACCAAGGGCUGGGGACGAGAUGACGACAGCUUACGAAGCCGCUCCAGAAAUGGCAGCGGCAGUAGUCGAGCGGGCAGCCUGGACCGCAGCACGCGCGGCUCCAGCACCACGCUCAACUCGGACGAGGAUAACAUCAAUGUCGUCGUCAGAGUCCGUCCUCUCAACGAGAAGGAGCGCUCGUGCGGAGACCGCUCGCUGCUGGAGUACCCCGGCAAGGGGCAGGUGAUCUGCACCAACACCACGCCCAGUCAGAAGGCUAAGGUCUUCUCAUACAACGUGGUGUUCGAACCUGAAGCUACACAGGAAGAUGUUCUAGAAUAUUCUGGAGUCAAGCGUCUUUUGGAGAUGGCGGUCGAGGGUUUCUCCUGCACAGCCUUCUGCUACGGACAGACAGGAAGCGGGAAGACGCACACCUUGACUGGACCUCCGGGAUUGGUGGAAAGUGGAGCAAGUCCUUACUCCCCAGAGCACGGGCUGGUGGUCCGCUCCUUCGUGUAUCUGUUCCGGCUGAUCAACGAGCGGCCGGAGUCCAACUUCAUAUUGAAGGCUUCGUUUUUAGAAAUAUAUAAUGAAAAGGUAAUAGACCUGCUAAACCCGGGCAGUGCGCGGAAGCCGCUGCAGGUCCGCUGGUCGAAGGAGAGCCGAGGCUUCUACGUGGAAAACCUGUUCAUGGUGGACUGUGAACAACUGGAUGACUUGUUUGCUGUGCUGGAAGAAGGCAUGCGUAACCGCGCAGUAGGUGCGCACGCUAUGAACGCGCACUCGUCGCGCUCGCACACGGUGCUGUGCGUGCGCGUGCGGCGCGACAUCCGCGAGCACGCGUCCGGGGUCACCUGCUCCACGCACGGGAAGAUCAACUUCGUGGACCUGGCCGGGUCCGAGAUGACCAAGCGGACGCAUAGCACCGGCAAAACCUUGGAGGAGGCUAAUAAUAUUAAUAGAAGUCUUAUGGUUCUUGGGUACUGCAUAUCCCAACUCAGCGACGGAAAGAAGCGCGGCCACAUCCCUUACCGGGACAGCAAGCUCACCAAGCUACUGGCAGACAGCCUCGCGGGGAACGGAGUCACGCUCAUGAUCGCAUGCAUAGCCCCGACGAGAUCGAAUUUAAGCGAAACGGUCAACACGCUGCGGUACGCGGCGCGAGCCAAGAAGAUCAAAUCUAAGCCUAUUGUGAAAAUGGAUGCGAGAGAUGCAUUAAUAUUAAGUCUGAAAAGAGAAGUGGAAGCACUGCAGGCUGAGAACGAGCAUCUGAGGUCAGCGCUACACGUGCAGACUGACUACAACUUGGAUCCUUACAGCCAUCGUCGUACUCCAACACACAUCGAACCGAACAAGCUAUACCAGCUUCCUCAAUCAGAACUGGUCGAGCUGGUACAACUGCACAUGGAGGAGAACUCCGCGUUGAGGACCGAGAAUACGGAACUAUUCGGAGUGAGAGACCAGCUGCUGAGAGACCAGGAGCUGCUGAACAGGGAGAACGAGAGGCUGCUCAAGAAACUGGAGGACGUCAACUCUGUGUGUGUUCGCUCGCCAAUCAUACCCGCUCGACCAACAUACUCUGGAUCCAACGACACCAACAUUUGGACCAACCCCGCUACGUCGUCCGCUAACAGUAUUGCCAGUAGAGGAAGCUAAUUAUUUCAAGAAAAUGAAAUUGAAUUGUGGAAUAUGUAUUUUACUAAGAUGUGAAAACAGUCAUAACAUUUACGUCGAAGACAGAGCUAGGCAAUGUAUUUUUUACAAAACCUUGUAAUAGACCAAUGGAUCUACCAAAAUAUUGCCAUACCAAAUAUAAAUUUUAUACAAAAUUGUUACUUAUUUUGUGUUUAAUUUAAUUAGAAUUAGUAUAAAACAUAGCCAUACUCAUUGUGACAUUCAUAACUUAAAAGCAGUUCUCCUGCAAAUGUUAAUUUUAGGUGUUGUUACAAUAGAAAAUUAUCCAUGUAUUAUAUUAGAAUAGACAAUAAAAUAUUAUUAUAGAAAGUUUAUUUUGGUAUUCAGAAUAGGUGUUUAAUAGAUUAUUGUAAAUAAUAAAUAGAUUACAGAAAAGUAAUUAUGUGAAAUAAAUAUAAUUAUUUAUAUUGUUAGAAAUAAA